AUGGCACCAGGUGCGGACGUGGCAACUGGCUCUCCACCUGCAGCGAUGGAAGGGGCUGCCUCACCCGGAGGUGCAUUCCCGGCGCCUUGGGAUGCAGUCUCAACCUCCCGGGGUGUGGCUUCGGGCUCCGAACCUCCGGGUUGGGCCUCUACUGAUGCAGGCGGGGAUGGUGGUGCUGCUGGUGUUGUCGCUGGACUUCCGGCAGAGGCAGAUGGAGCUGGCUGGGGGCCGGACCUCCCAGCCGAUGAUUCACCAGUGGGCGCGAAGGACGUGGCAGGGCAAGGAGUCCUGACACAUACCAACGAGGAAGAUGCCCCGGUCGACUGGUGGGGCCUUCUCGCCGAUGGUGUCCCUGGCGGCAGAGGCAGGACCUGCGGCUCUGGCUGCGACGGUGGUGGUGGUGGUGGUGAUGCCUGGCGCUGCUGUGUUGGCGGCGGCGGUGGUGGUCGAUGCUGCGAUGGAGACCGCCUCGCCUCCUCUGGCCUCCCCUGCGGCUGCUAG